AUGACCUCCGUGCGACCCCGGGAAAAUACCUUCAAGGUUGACCUCAGUGUGUUCCCCAAGCGCCCAAGCUUCGAAGAAAUUCACUCCUUUGUGCACGAUGUUAUGGGACUACGCAUCGACCAGGUGAAACGACUGCAGAUGAACCACGUGCAGAAUGCUGCUCACGUGAAGUGCGAUACCCUGAAGACCGCUCAGGACGCUGUCGAGGAGCACGAUGGACGCCACGAGAUUGAGCUAAACAAAGUGAAAUACAAGGUGCGAUUGCAGAUGGACGAUUCGACGGUGGAGGUCAAGGUCCACGACCUGUCAGAGAACGUGCGUGACGAGGAGCUUAUUGGUUUCUUGCGACACUAUGGGGACGUGCACUGCAUCAAAGAGUUGGUGUGGGGAAAACUUUGCGUACAAGGGCAUCUCUUCCGGCAUUCGCGUGUCCAGCAGGAGAAAACCCUGGUCACUUACAGAGGUCAACCCCAAACUUGCCGCCAUUGUUCUCGUCUGUCGCAUCCCGGAAUCACAUGUACGGACAACAAAAAACUCGUGGGACAGAAGAGUGACCUGAGUGAUCGGCUCAAGGCCGCGCAGUCAACCGACUCGACCAGUUACGCCACCGUUGUGGACAAAGGGACCGCUAUUAUCAACUCGCUUUUGCCGAACUUCGUCGCCACCAACCUCAACCAGCUCAACCAAGCCGCCUCUGAGUCGAAACAAAAGGAACUCGACACCACAGCGCAGCAGCCGUCCUGCUCGCACCUGAGUACCGCAACUGAUGGAGUCGAGCAAUCCUCCUCCUCAACAAUCACUCCAGCCGUGGCAGAAGACGACUCGAUGUCGGACGAGACGAUCGUACCGGUCGCGAACGAGACGGAGCUGAUGGAUCAAGAUCUGCAGCAGCCUCGCAUCAGUCACCCCGCCCCGCGUCGAAGAAACGGAGCUCGCAGCGCCUUUCGUCGUACGCCUCCACCGCUAGUUCAGGACCUGCCGCGGAUUGUGCAGCGUGUGGACUCGCGCAUCCUCUCUACAAAUGCCACAAGUUUGGUCAGCUUUCUGUCCCUGAGCGUCAGCGGAUUGCACUGUCAACAGCGGCAUCAUUCGCUCCUUCACGUGGGACAUGCUGAUAACUCGCCAAGAACCAACAGCGGUGCAACGGCACCCACACAAGCGAGCGGGCAGUUGGAAGUGUCCGCUUCGGUCGUCUCAACCAAGCAAGAGGUCGCUACGCCCACCGAGGUCGUUCCACAGGUCGAAGUCAGCGUUCCACUUCAGCAGCCCAAGGAAAACGUGUUCCUGCUUACUGUGCUGAUCAAGGUCGUCGAUUCGUUGGGAAUGGAACACGUGGCCCGCGCAUUGCUGGACAGCGCCUCCCAACCUAAUCUCAUCACCGAUCGCAUGGCAAGAAUUCUGCGGCUCAAGCGAGCCCCUGCGAGCGUGGUGAUCCAAGGCGCAGGCCAGAUGUCAACACCAGUUCGGCAUUCCGCCUCCACCGAAGUGCGGUCGAGAAAGAGCGAUUUCUCCUGCGGGAUCAACUUUCUUGUCAUGGACAAACUGACUGCGGAGCUUCCAAGCCACAACAUCUCAACGUCGGGUUGGAACAUUCCGGUGGAACUCUUCCUCGCCGAUCCGACCUUCAAUGAACGGCAGCCGAUCGACAUGGUUCUCGGAGCAAAGCAUUUUCACUCUUUCUUCCCUAGCGCAGCUCGCAUUCACCUCGACGGUUCACUUCCGAUUCUAGUAGACAGCGUCUUCGGCUGGAUUGUCACCGGUUCCGCCAGCCAAGCUUCGUCCACACCAACCGAAACCGCACACUCGUACUCGGUACUCGCGAUGAUGUCGCUGGAGGAGAGCAUGGAGCGAUUUUGGAAGACGGAGGAACUCACAAUCAACGACAAGCUUUCCGUCGAGGAGCGAGACUGCGAGUCCUUGUUCCAGUCGACGACAACGCGUACGCCGGAGGGUCGCUACGUGCUUGAGCGACGGCUAGAGCGAGACGCACAGCUCAAGGCGGACUACCACAAGUUUAUGCGGGAGGAUGUCGAGCUGGGCCACAUGCAGCUGGUUGAACCUGAUGAGAAGGACAAGACGCCAUCGUGCUACCUACCCCACCACCCCGUCUUUAAGGACUCCAGCACGACGACCAAGGUUCGGGUCGUCUUCGACGGUUCAGCAGCAACUUCUACGGGAUUUUCGCUCAACCAAGCACUCUGCGUCGGACCUGUGGUUCAGGAGGACCUUCUCUCGCUCCUGCUCCGCUUCCGGAACUACCCUGUAGCCCUCGUAGCGGACGCAGCCAAAAUGUACCGGCAGGUUCUCGUCCACCCAGAGGACAGAAGGCUGCAGCGCAUCUUCUGGCGGUUCUCGCCAGACUCACCCAUCCAAACGUACGAACUACAGACCGUCACGUACGGCCUAGCACCUUCCGCGUACCUAGCCACCCGUUCCCUUCAGCAACUCGCUCAGGACGAGGGUCACGAGUACGCGUUGGGCGGUCCAGCGCUCGAAAGCAACUUCUACGUAGAUGACUUCAUUGGUGGCGCUGACACGGUCGAGGACGCCAUACGCUUGCGGAAAGAGCUUACGGAACUGCUGGCCAAGGGAGGGUUCGAGAUGCGGAAGUGGACAUCAAACCGUCUCGAGGUACUGCGAGGACUGACCCAAGACCAAAUCGGCACGCAGUCGAGUCUGCAGUUUGGUCCGAACGAGAUGGUAAAGGCGCUGGGGAUUGGAUGGGAGCCCGAGGCCGACGUUCUGCGAUUCGACUCGCAAAUCAACCAGAGCAAGGGACCUCCCACGAAGCAGUUCAUCCUCUCAACAAUCGCUCGACUCUACGAUCCUCUAGGUCACAUCGCACCCGUAGUUGUCACCGCCAAGAUCAUCAUGCAGGAAUGCUGGCAGCUGAAGUGUGACUGGAACGACCCGGUGCCGGACAACAUUCGCAUCAAGUGGGAGAAAUUCUUCAAGGAACUUCCAAAAAUCCGGUCCUACAAGAUCGACCGCUACGCUCUCCAGCCCGACUCCACCUACCAACUGCACACAUUCUGCGACGCGUCUAAGGACGCCUACGGAGCUUGUUGCUACAUCCGCUGUGAGGACCGACACGGCAAUGUACGGGUAACGUUCUUAGCUUCAAAAUCUCGGAUCGCCCCACUCAGAGGACUCAACGUUCCUCGCUUGGAAGCAAACGCUGCUGUGCUCGGAGUUCACCUUCACUUCCGGAUCAAGCAGGCACUCAAGAUCAAGAUCUCGGACUCGUACUUUUGGACGGACUCAGCUGUCGUACUGCAGUGGAUCCAAGCAAACCCGAACACCUGGAAGACGUACGUAGCGAACCGUGUCGCUGAGAUCCAGUUCUACACGCGCGGCUGUCAUUGGAAUCACGUGCCGACCAAGGACAAUCCGGCGGACCUGGUGUCCCGCGGGAUGACGGUGCCGAACUUCUUGAACUGCGAGACCUGGAAGAAUGCAACAAGUUGGAUAUGCUCAAACCCACGAGACUGGCCGAGGACCAACCCGCAAAGCGUUCCGUCGGACAUCCUGGAAGUUCGCGUAGUCGCCGCUGUGACAGAGAAGCCGCCGCAGGUUCACCCCUGGUUCCUGCGCUGUCACUCGUACAGACGGCUAGUCCACUCGAUCGGAUUCGUCCUCCGAUUCAUCGACAACACCAGGCAGAAAGCGAGAACGACCAGAACGACACCUGUGCCGCGUGCCCUAACUGUGGAGCAGUUUGCCAAAGCCAAAAUGGUGCUCACUCGACUAGCACAACAGGACUCUUUCAGCGCCGAACUGACGGAACUCGAAAAGGGGAAGCCGGUGCCAAAACAGUCCAACAUCUACAAAAUGAGCCCAUUUGUCGAUUCAGAGAGAGUGUUGAGAGUGGGGGGUCGACUAAAGCUUUCCCAACUGCCUUUCCAAGCCAAACACCCAGCCUUACUACCUGGUUCCCAUCCCUUCGCUCGCAUCCUCGCCGAAUUCUACCACCAAAAACUGUUCCACGGCGGCGGGCGCCUACUCCUCACCGCCAUGCGCGAAGAAUUCUGGCCCAUCGGUGGUCGCAUUCUUGCCAGAAGCGUGGUGCGGAAUUGCUUCCGUUGCGUUAGACUGAAUCCCGAAUUGGUUCAGCAGCAGAUCGGCCAACUUCCGGCUCAACGGAUCAUCCCUAGUCGCCCAUUUAGCGUCGUCGGCGUGGACUACGCAGGUCCACUGUACCUGAAGCCGAUACACAAACGUGCUGCACCGGCCAAGGCCUACAUUUGCCUCUUUGUGUGCUUCGCGACGAAGGCCGUUCACAUUGAACUUGUUGGAGAUCUCUCCACCCCCGCAUUCCUUGCCGCGCUGCGCAGGUUCAUCGGACGACGCGGAGUGCCGUCUCACAUUCAUUCCGACAAUGGCAAGAACUUUGAAGGCGCUAAGAACGAACUUGCCCGGCUGUACGCAAUGCUCACUCACGACGACGAGCAGGAGAAAAUCCACGAAUUUUCGCCCCACUUCGGAGGAUUAUGGGAAUCCGCCGUAAAGGUUGCCAAGAAGCACCUGUUCCGGCAGCUUGGUCCGUCAAGGUUGUCAUUCGAGGACAUGUGCACCGUGCUCACGCAAAUUGAGUCCCACAUGAACUCCCGCCCACUUCUUCCACUGAGUGAAGAUCCGAACGACCUCGCCGCUCUAACGCCGGCCCAUUUCCUAAUCGGAACAUCGAUGCACGCCCUGCCCGACCCAGAUCUGCGCCACAUUCCAGUCAACCGCCUAAACCACUAUCAGCAACUCCAGCUCCACGCCCAACAAUUUUGGGCCCACUGGCGACGCGAAUACCUCCAGGAGCUGCUGAGGGACACCAAGGGUUACCAGCGGAACGACGAAAUCCAACCCGGUAGACUCGUGAUCGUCGUCGACGAACUGCAAGGACCACUCCGCUGGCCACUUGCCCGGAUCGAAGCCGUUCAUCCUGGACCAUACGGCAUCGUACGAGUUGUGUCGCUGCGAACGGCCAGCGGUGGAAUCAUCACCAGACCAGCUGUUAAAAUCUGCUUGCUUCCCGUGCCGCUGUCUCCUGAGGCUCCACAUAUCACACCGCAACCGGGUCAGCUGCCUACCGAUGAAGUGUUUCCUGAAGAAGAAAAACAUUAA